GUUGGUCACAUCGCUUACCUAUUGCCUACUUCCUUUACAUGGUUGAUAGCCGAAAGUACCACGUGCGACUCAAAAGAAAUUAUCGAGUUAAACGUGCAAAAAUAGAGUUUUAAACAUGCCUUUAGCAGUUGACUUAUUGCACCCCUCUGCGGAAAAACAGAGGAGAUCCCACAAGAAGAAAAGGUUGGUGCAGCACCCCAACAGUUACUUCAUGGACGUUAAGUGUCCUGGGUGCUACGCCAUCUCCACAAUUUUCUCACAUGCACAGUCCGCGGUGCCCUGCAAAGGUUGUUCCACCAUCCUCUGCACGUCCACUGGUGGCAAAGCGCGACUGACCGAAGGAUGCAGUUUCAGGCGUAAACAACAUUAAAUAUUUUAAUAUGUGUAAUAAUUUAAAUUUGUUUUCUAAUAAAUGACUGUAUCGGAAA